AUGGAGGGGGUGGAAAUGAGAGAUGAUGAGGGGGAUGGGGGGGGAGAUGGGGGUGGGUGGGUGGGGAAGGUGAAUGGUGGAUGGGGUAAUGUGAUGGGAAUGGGGAGGAAUGGGGGGAUAGGGGGAUGGGGGGGGGGGAGUUAUGAAGGGGGGGAUAAAGGAGGGAGGAUGGAGAGGUGGGGUAAGAGGGUGGAGGAGGGAAUGGGAUGGGGUGGGGGGGGGGAGGGGGGAUGGAUGGGUUGGGGGUAG